UCCCAUUACCACUCUGUUUUGCUUGAUCGUGAAGCAAACCACAAACUCAAAAUUUAUUCCAAGAAGAAGAAGAAGAGGAGGAGGAAGAAGAAGAGAUGAAGCUUAUCUGGUCUCCGGAGAUGGCUUCGAAGGCUUACAUCGAUACCGUCGCAUCUUGCAAAAAGCUGCACAAAGAAUCGGGUGUUGCCGAGCUAGUUUCGGCCAUGGCUGCGGGCUGGAACACGCGUCUUAUAGUAGAGACGUGGUCGAGCGGCGGAGCCACUGCCACAAGCAUCGGCCUUGCAGUGGCAAGCCACCACACUGGGGGAAGGCAUGUAUGCAUAGUCCCCGAUCAUAAAUCCAAGUCUGAGUACAUGGAAGCCCUGGGGGAAACCGACGAGAACGUGGAAGUGGUGGUUGGAGAACCGGAGGAGGGGGUGGAGGAGUUGACGGGAAUCGAUUUCAUGGUAGUAGACUGCCGGAGCAAGGAUUUCGACAAGAUCCUGAGGUCGGCUAAGUUGGGUGCUCGAGGGGCAGUUUUGGUGUGCAAGAACGCAAGCUCAAGGAUGAGUUUGAGCUUCCGCUGGCGAAGCGUCCUCGAUGCGGGGUCGCGCCGCCUUGUGCGCUCGGCGUUUCUUCCCGUGGGCAGAGGCCUGGAUAUUGCCUAUGUUGCAAGCAUCAGUGGGAGCUCGAGCACUAGCAAGGGCAAGAGCCGGUGGAUCAAGCAUGUCGAUCAGAAAUCAGGGGAGGAGAUUGUCAUAAGGAAAUGAAUUUGAUAUGGGCAGUGAUUUGGGUUUCUUAUCCUUGCCUUUUUUGUGUUUGUACAGUCUUAACUAGCUACAGAUUUAGCUGGACAUAUUGUUCAUGAGAUUACUGAAACCAGCGCAGAAAAUUUCUCCACAUAUCAACAAAUGAACAGAGAUGCUUUCACCCACCGUCUAGCUAGAGCAUCAUCGCACUAAUCAAAAAGAAAGAUCCAGACUGAAUUUUUCAUCGAUCACCGGAACAGAAGAAAAGUAUCAACAUAAGUCUCAAGCAAUCUCUGCUGACUUUGUUUAUGAAGUAGCCCCUGCGAAAUUUCACAAACAACGGUGAAGGACUAUAUAUAUGUCUAAUAGAAAUUAGAAUUC